UCCGGUCGGCUCGACAGGAAACCAAACAAGGGAUUCGGCUAUGAACAAUCUUACGUGUCAUUCCCAGAGUUUCAGUGAUUCACAAAUCUCCUGGAGACUUUUGGUGAACGACAUCCUUGCACUGUGACUCUCCUCUCCCCCGCUCCGGCUCGCUGCGGUCACCCUGGCAACGGCUGCUAACGGCAGAAGCAUGAAGGCUUUGAUCCUGGUCGGGGGUUACGGGACCCGGCUGCGACCCCUCACACUGAGCGUCCCCAAACCGCUGGUGGAGUUCUGCAACAAACCCAUCCUGCUGCACCAGGUGGAGGCACUGGUCAAGGCCGGCGUGGACCAUGUGAUUCUGGCGGUGAGCUACAUGUCGGAGCUGCUGGAGAGAGAGAUGAGAGUCCAGGAGGAGAGACUUGGGAUUCGUAUCUCUCUGUCUCAUGAGAAGGAGCCUCUGGGAACUGCGGGCCCCCUGGCGUUGGCUCGAGAGCUGCUGAACACCGACAACGAGCCCUUCUUCGUCCUCAACUCGGACGUCAUCUGUGAUUUUCCGUUCAAAGAUCUGCUGCAGUUCCACCACAACCACGGCAGGGAGGGCACCAUCGUGGUAACGCGGGUGGAGGAGCCCUCGAAGUACGGCGUGGUGGUGUUUGAGGCGGACAGCGGCAGGAUACAUCGCUUCGUCGAAAAACCGCAGGUCUUCGUCUCCAACAAGAUCAACGCCGGCAUAUACAUCUUCAAUCCCAGCAUGCUCAGCAGGAUCCAGCUGAGACCAACGUCCAUAGAGAAAGAGAUAUUUCCUGUCAUGGCGGAGGAGGGACAGCUGUACACCAUGGAGCUACAGGGUUUCUGGAUGGACAUCGGUCAGCCUAAAGACUUCCUGACAGGGAUGUGCAUGUACCUUCAGUCGGUACGACAACACGCUCCCGAGAGGCUACUCACGGGGCCAGGUUUCCUAGGCAACGUCCUGGUGGACCCGACGGCGCAGAUCGGCCAGAACUGCACCAUCGGGCCGAACGUCACCAUCGGCGCCGGCGUGGUGGUGGAGGACGGGGUGCGGAUCAAACGCUGCACGGUGCUGAAGGGGGCCCGGGUCCGAUCGCACUCCUGGCUGGAGAGCUGCAUCGUGGGGUGGAGCUCCUCUGUGGGCCAGUGGGUUCGUAUGGAGAACGUUACGGUGUUGGGCGAGGAUGUGAUCGUGAACGACGAGCUUUACCUGAACGGUGCCAACGUGCUGCCUCACAAAUCCAUCAACGAGUCGGUCCCCGAGCCGCGAAUCAUCAUGUAGCAUCGGGCGGAGGAGAAGAAUCCCGGCGCCUUUUGCACAAACUCCACCAAGAACUGUGCCAGAAUGAGAGAGCGAGAGGGUGGAACAGACGGGUGGAGGAAAGGAAGAGGAUGAGGAAGAGGAGAUUUGAGAAAAAAAAAAGUUAUUAGGACUCCUUUUUAGCCCUGCUUGGCUGCACCGUCCAUCAACCAGAGACGAUGGCGUAAACAUGAGCUGUCAAACAGCAGCCUGGCCCGUCAAACCUCCACAGGUACAACAUGAAACUGCCAAUGCGACCGAUUGGAAAUGUCUCUUUGUCUCACUGCUUCAUAAGAGAAAGGGCGGGGGAGGGCGCUAAUAUGGACGAGUUGUCCGUCAGAUGGUGGAGGGACUAGGGUGAAGUAUAUUUGGGGACAGGGGGUUAAAGAGCAAUAUGAACACUGCUGAUUAGAUUCACUAUGCAUUUACAUGUCCUGGACUACAACGAACUGGCACUGAAGGGUCACCCUACACCUACGUGUUCCUCUGGAAUCAUGACUGAUGAGACUGAGAUUUCUGAUCCGACAUUUUUAACUAUAUGCAGUUGAUGGUUAUAGUUAAAGCUGCAUCAAUUCCUUGUUACUUAAAGGCAUCUUGGGUAGAGCCCGACCGAUAAAGGAUUUUUUUUAAGGCCGAUACCAAUAUCCCGUAUUCCGGAUCCAGAAACACGUUUCAAAACAUAAACGGAUUUCCCCUAUCAUUAGUUAUUUGUAGUUAAUUAUGAGUUCUCACUAAAAUUAUAUGAUAAUAAUUUGUUUUAUUGUCUCAACAGAACAGAGGAACAUCAAAAUGCAUUAAAGUUCUGAUAAAUAAAAUGUAUAAAAAUACCAACUGAAGAUAUGAAACUUAAAAGUCCUUUAAAAAAACACAAUAACAAAAAAUAAUAAUCAGUGUUGCCAACAGGGACGUUGUAGAGCGCCCUCUGGUGGACAAACACUGCAACACCAACACUCACAACAUGGCUGACCGUCCGUUUUUAUUUUAAUUUUUAGAUAAAAAUGUUUCUGAUGAAUGAAUAUAAAUAUAUGUAGAUAUAUAAUUUUUCGGUCAUUAUAAAUGCCGAUACCGAUAGAUCGGGAAAUGCCUAAUAUCGGCCAAUAAUAUCAUCCGCCGAUUUAUGGUUCGGGCUCUGCUCUUGAGCUGAUUAUUUACACCCCCAGCAGACAUCCCAUUGGGUCCAUGUUUGUCCCCACUUGAUGAAUGUAAUUUGAUCAGUUUGUAUAUGAAGAUAAUGAUUAGCGCAGCUUUAAUCUGUUACGGAGUACGUGCCGAGUAUGUCUCGUUGCCACGGUGAACUUAACAGGUUUGUCGUUACUUUCUCUUUAUCAUGAAAACUGCGGUUCAAUGCCAAACUGGUUACUGCUGUGUGGAAAGUGAACGAAAUACAGCAACAGCCUUUUCUAACAAACUACACUUUAUCGAGUCUGUUUACAGAUAUCUGAGUCAGACUGCAUCUGGGAUAGUCUAUACUUUGGAAUAAUAAUUUUUUUUGGUCUUCUUUAUGUUUUAAGUGUUUCUGAAAGUAUCUUAACACCGGCUGACGAUCACGUUUUUGCUGACUUCCAGUUUAACGUGUGAAGUACAGGGUGGGGUUACUAGGCUUGGGCAUCGAGAACCGGUUCCUACCAGUGGAAUCGUUUAGGUGGAGGGUUUCAAAUCCAAACGAUGCCCAACCCAAGUGGUUCCCGGGGCUUGAAACCCUUCAACCAGAGAAGAAAACGCUGCUUUUCAGGUUGCUGCCAAUUAUCUCUUCAAAGAUAGUUUGUAAUGAAAUACGGUGAAUUUAUUUUCACAGAUUUUUUUUAAUUUUUUUUUGCAUUCUGAUCUCAUUGUCCAAAAAUAUCUUAUGAGAAGCUCGAUGCAAUUCAAUCUUUAAAUUAAAUGAUAGAAUCGUGUUCAUUACGCGGCCGGAAACAUCGUUCGAGGGAAAAACAAUGGAAAAAAACACUUUGUCGUUCUUUUUUUUAUAUAUGAAUUAGGCUAAAACGUUUAAGAUAAUAAUCUCCCUGCCCUAAAAUAAAAAACUGUAUCCUCUGUGUGGUGGCCAUUUUAGGAUAUGUCUGACUCAGCUCGUCAAACUCAGCUCAGCUGUACGUCAGCUAGCUACAGCUAGCAUGUUAACAUGCUACUAUUGGAUGCUAGCAUGCUAGCUACAGCUAGCAUGUUAACAUGCAACUAUUGGAGGCUAACAUACUAAAUCUUUAGCAUGUUUCCAUCUUCCACCAUGAAGACCCACGAGUUCCAUUCCUGGUAGUGUGACGUUUGCUAAAAGACCUUCAACUAUUUCACCACAAGGUCCAUCAGAAGGUGUGCGGAAGCUUUUGAUUGGUUGAUUGAUCUCAGAGUCAAAAAUUAGCUUUCAAUCUCAUUUUAACGUUUAGCCAACGUUGAUGAGAUAAAGACUUCUCAUCUACGUUGGCUUAAAAUUGAGAUUAAAGGCCAGGAGCGAUUAACCCUUGUGUUGUCUUCCUGUCGAUCAUAAAACCUUUUCUUUUUCUGGGUUAAAAUUUGAAAUUUUACUUUUUUUUUUUUUUUUUUAUGCUUUGGUCUUUUUUUUACACUUUUUGCAACCUUUCUGUUACUUUCCCCGAGAUUUUUGCCGACGUUUUUGUCACUUUCUCUGAUGUUUUUGUUGAUUAUUUUUCCGCACUUUGUUUUACGGUUUUGUUUUCUAAUUUUUGUCACUUUUUUCAGCGAUCUUUUAUCAAUUUUUUUCCAAAUGUUAGAAAAUUGAAUAUAACACCGAAAAAAAAGUUAUUUUUACUUGGGAAGACCGUUGUAUAGAACCAUCCAUGUUAUUUUUUUUUUUAUUUAGUUGAAAGAAACCCAAAUUUCUGAUGUAGAAACCUUUUGAAAAUGGAUCAAAUUUAACCUGAGGAAAACAGGGGGGUUAA